UUUUAUAUAUUUAUUUACCUACUUUUGAUCAGGGGGAGUACAACAAAUCAAUAAGGUUCACAGGGCAGCACGUUAAUGACAAGUCACAGGAGGCGGCUCCAUAAAGGUUCUGAAAACUAGUCUCUCAUUGCAGGAAUUGGAUUGGUCUCCCCGUGGCCCCCCUUCUCAAACACAAAUAUUUUCAUAUAAUAAAAGCCUGCUUCCUUAUAACCCACCCUCCUUUCCCGCGACGCCACCAUUUUAAAAGGCUUUGCUGCGAGGACUCUUCCCAGUUUUUCAGGUUUUUAAUCUCUCCAGCAUUCUAUCUUGUAGAGGUGAAGAAUGUCUCUGGGGUGUCACUCUGGGUGAGAGGGACAAGAAACACCCACUAGGACCCAACCCGGCAGCCAGCGGCCGAGCAUGCGCUGAGAGUUUGUGCAGCUGGCCCUGGCUGCUGCCGCUGCUGCCUUGUCCGGACUUGGCGAGGACUUGGGAGGGACAGCGGCGUUGGGAGGUGGCUUAGCAGAGACUUUCCAGCGACUGCUGCCCAGGAUUUUUUUUUUUUUCUUUUUCUUCCCUUUUCUUUUUCCCAGGAGUCAGCGACGGCGACGGCGACGGCUGGGGAGAGGAAGGCGAGCAAGCGUCUGCUGUUGGAGCCAAUGCAGCCUUUUGGCUCUCCGCGAGGAGCGUCUCUACCCGGAUGAGUGUCUGCCCUGUGUCCCCGACUGUCUCCCGGCAGGAGCGCAGCUCGAACGAUCGCUGCUGCUCUGCUUGGACCAGUAGAAUGUGGUGAGAGGAUGGGGCUUCUCUCUCCCAAGACUCACAAUGGCCAGAGAAGAUUCCGUGAAGUGUUUGCGCUGCUUGCUCUACGCCCUCAACCUGCUCUUCUGGUUAAUGUCCAUCAGUGUCUUGGCAGUUUCUGCUUGGAUGAGGGACUACCUGAAUAACGUUUUGACUUUGACUGCAGAGACAAGGGUAGAAGAGGCGGUCAUCUUAACUUACUUCCCCGUGGUUCACCCCGUCAUGAUUGCUGUCUGCUGUUUCCUUAUCGUCGUGGGAAUGCUGGGAUACUGUGGGACCGUGAAAAGGAAUCUAUUGCUUCUUGCAUGGUACUUUGGAACUUUACUCGUGAUCUUCUGCGUAGAACUGGCUUGUGGUGUGUGGACAUACGAGCAGGAAGUUAUGGUGCCAGUACAGUGGUCAGAUAUGGUUACUUUGAAAGCCAGAAUGACAAAUUACGGCUUACCCAGGUAUAGGUGGCUUACGCAUGCGUGGAACUAUUUUCAGAGAGAGUUUAAGUGCUGCGGAGUGGUCUACUUCACGGAUUGGUUGGAAAUGACAGAAAUGGACUGGCCCCCAGACUCCUGCUGUGUCAGGGAGUUCCCAGGAUGCUCCAAGCAGGCUCACCAGGAAGAUCUCAGUGACCUGUACCAAGAGGGUUGUGGGAAGAAAAUGUAUUCCUUUUUGAGAGGAACCAAACAAUUGCAAGUACUAAGGUUUCUGGGGAUCUCCAUUGGUGUGACACAAAUUCUAGCCAUGAUUCUCACCAUUACUCUGCUCUGGGCUCUGUAUUAUGAUAGAAGGGAGCCUGGGACAGACCAAAUGCUAUCUCUAAAAAAUGAUGCGUCUCAACAUUUGUCCUGUCACUCUGUGGAACUGUUAAAACCAAGCCUUUCAAGGAUCUUUGAACAUACAUCAAUGGCAAACAGCUUCAAUACCCACUUUGAGAUGGAAGAAUUAUGAAGAAUGUCAAAGAAGGAAAUCACAAACUUGUGGGACUAGUGGGUUUUGGGGUACACAGCUAUCUAUUUCAGAAAUUUUUAGACAUACUAAUAUUCUGAAAAGGAAUGUCUAAGCUUAUAAUUUCUCCAUUCUUUAAAACAAAGUUUCCACAUAUUAAUACACAGACAAUAACUGGUGCCCUUUAAAAUGCUGAACCUAGAGUUCAUAACAACUGUGUUUGUUUUCUUUCUUUCUUUUUCUUUCUGAGCACAAUUAUGUUUUGAGGUGAUACAGUUUGACCAGCGUUUCUGCAUCCAUUCAUGGAAAUGAACUGUCAUGGGGGCACUCAUGCUGCUAUGAAGGUUAACUAACUCCUCUAGUUAGGCUAUAAACUAUCCACUGACUGCUAACAUAGGGAUUUAGUGCUAAAGACCUUUAUUACCUGAUGAUGUAUUGCUUCGACGAUGAUUUGAUUAUAUAUAAAAAUCUUUCAAGGUUGGUAACUACCUAAAUAUGAUUUUUGUGGGUUACUAAAAUAAUCUUAUUAAUGACACUUGUAAGAGCUAACACGUUGUUUUAAACUUAUCAGGGAUAUAUAUGUGUAUAAGUCUGUGCCAUGUCUGUAUAAUUCAGUAGAUUUCAGUUCUUAUAAUGUUACGAAGAACAAUAUUUGAAAAUGACAAAAUUGUCUUAUAUAGCACCAUUACUUUUUUUCUCUCCCAACCACAGAGCGUUUAAAUUCCGUCUUGGUUCUGUAUUGUUACCCAUCACUGUUAAUUUAAGUUGUGUCAACCACUAAUUUUGGAAAUUACCAGUGUGAUACGUAAGAAUCACUGUAACUCUGGCUGCAGGAGGUAUUAACUACAGAAUUUACACACAGUUGAUUCAGCCAAAGUUCAGUUGGCUUUUUUUCAUCCCAAUCUACGCCUUGUCAAAGAGCUUACGUUUUUCUUUUGCAAACAAGAAGCAACAACUUGAAGUCAAUGUGAUUUUUACAGAGGAACAACAUUCUCUGCAGAGAUAAUUGUGGGAAUCUCUAAAAUAAGGGGUAGUCUAACUAGAGAGAAGCCUUGCUUUAUUUCAUCCAUAUACUGUAGCAAAUUAUACAGAAUAUUAAUUUUUUUUACAAGAGUAGAAGAUAUUUAUUUGAAACGGGAAAAGUGCAUUUUACUGUAUCUUGUGUGUUCUGUUCAUUUCUUGGAUUAUGGAAAGAAAAUUAAUACAGGUGUCAAUAAAUAUUUUCUAGAUCAUGA